GUACGGCACCGGUACGGCGGGUGCAAACCAGAAGGCGCGUCAUAAAUCGUACUCAUCAACACGGAAUAAAGUUAUCCUUCGGAAAAAGGUUUCGUGGCUGGUGCUGCCAGCGUUUGCAAGUUGCCUGGCAUUGGUGUGUUAUUUAUUUUCCUAUUGAUUCCGACACCAGUGCCGCGGGGUUAUGUAACGGACCCGCAACCUAAUCAACCGAUCCGAACACCGAUGUCGACGAUGGCACUCCGGCAGACAGCGUGCAGAUUGCUAUCGGCAGUCGCUGGCGCUGGUCCGUCCGGUGCCGCUGUGGACGAAACGGUCGAAACCAUGGCACGAAUCAUACCGGGAAUCUUCAAACAUUCGCGCUGCCGGAACAACGUGUACCCGCAGAGUGACGUGCGACGGUAUCCCGUACCGGAUGAGUCCGUCUUCUGGACGCAAACGUACUCCGACUAUCAGCCACCGUUUCACGAAUCGCCCGUACUGCAGGGCAAAGAGUGGGCCGAUCUAGAUGCCGAUAACGCCUCGUUCAAACCGAAUUGGAACGAGCUGGACGGGAAGGUCAACCGGGUAAGCUUUGUUGGGACGUACGAGAUACGGGACAGCUGCCCGUUGAAUCCGUUCGGGCGUACGGGUAUCCGGGGCCGCGGUAUACUCGGUCGCUGGGGUCCGAACCAUGCGGCCGAUCCGGUCGUGACGCGCUGGAAGCUUGAUGAAGCUGGCCAACCGGCGGUGCACCCGGACAGCGGCAAGCGCAUCCUGCAGAUGUGUGCGAUCGAGCGGACGGAUUGUGGCGAGUGGGCCAUCCCGGGCGGUAUGGUGGAUCCGGGCGAGAAGGUUAGUGCUACGCUGAGGCGCGAAUUUCUCGAGGAAACGAUGGAUAACGAUGCCGGUGAGAUGGCGAACGAGGUGGAACAGUUCUUUGCGGCCGGUACCGAGAUUUACAAAGGGUACGUGGACGAUCCGCGCAACACGGAUUGCGCCUGGAUGGAGACGGUCGCGGUGAACUUUCACGAUGAGUCAGGUUCGGUCGUCGGGCGGUUCCCGCUGCAUGCGGGCGACGAUGCGGCGAAGGUACGCUGGAUGGAUGUCGGCGAGGAGGUGAAACUGUACGCCAGCCAUUCGAACAUCGUCAAACGUGUGGUCGAUAUGCUGGAAGCGCACUGGUAAGGCGGUGAGACGGUAUCAUCAUAAAAGAAGGACGGCAGUGAUUGGCACGCACAUCGACGGUGCUGCUGCUGCUGCCUGCCGUUCGGAUGUUUCUUCGUGUUUCGUUUGUUUGACCUUCGGGUAACACAAUGUUGAACCGUUGAACGAUUUAAAACAAAUCGACUCAACUGCAUGCAAACGGAAUAAACGCAAGGAAAGGUACAAGCAUUUUACUACAGUCGCAUGUUUGGUUGGUGAUUAAAAUAAUCGUAACAUGUAUUUGUUUCCGUUUUGUUUUAUCAUCUUCUCCCACA